AGCGCGUUCUUAGGGUGGCCGGGGUGUAACAUGGCCUGUGCGUGAACAUCUCAGUUCAAAGGCCCUGAUAGCUUAAGAAAAAGGGAGUCCCCAGGCAGAGAGGUCAUCUCUGCCCUCUUCGAAGCACACACAGCCUCUUCCCGGCCCCUCCUUCCUGGCCAAAAGCUGUGGCAGAUGGACACCAACACCUCCCUGGUGACUGAGUUCGUGCUGGUGGGCUUCUCGCGUCUGGCCCACCUGCAGGGCCUCCUCUUCUCCCUCUUCCUGGCGGUCUACCUGCUCACGGUGGCAGGCAAUCUCCUCAUCGUGGCGCUAGUCUCCACAGACGCAGCGCUGCAGUCCCCCAUGUACUUCUUCCUCCGCAUCCUCUCCGCCCUGGAGAUCUGCUACACGUCGGUCACCGUCCCCUUGCUGCUGCACCAUCUGCUCACUGGCCGGCGCCACAUCUCGCGCUCCGGCUGCGCUCUGCAGAUGUUCUUUUUCCUCUUCUUUGGUGCCACCGAGUGCUGCCUGCUGGCGGCCAUGGCCUAUGACCGCUACGCCGCUAUCUGCGAGCCCCUGCGCUACCAAAUGCUGCUCAGCCGGCGGGUGUGUGUGCAGCUCGCCGGCGCCGCGUGGACCUGCGGGGCUCUUGUGGGGCUGGGGCACACCUCCUUCAUCUUCUCCUUGCCCUUCUGUGGCCCCAACGCUGUCCCUCACUUCUUCUGUGAGAUCCAGCCGGUGCUGCAGUUGGUGUGUGGGGACACCUCGCUCAAUGAGCUGCAGAUUAUCCUGGCUGCCGCCCUCAUCAUCCUGUGCCCCUUUGGCCUCAUCCUUAGUUCCUACGGGAGGAUCCUGGCCACUAUCUUCCGCAUCCCAUCAGCUGCUGGUCGCCGAAAGGCCUUCUCCACCUGUUCCUCCCACCUGGUAGUGGUAUCUCUCUUCUACGGUACCGCCAUCUUUAUCUAUAUCCGUCCUAAGGCCAGCUACGACCCAGCCACGGACCCCCUGCUGUCUCUCUUCUAUGCUGUGAUCACCCCCAUCCUCAAUCCUGUCAUCUACAGCCUGAGGAAUGCGGAUGUCAAGGCCGCGCUGAAAAGAAGCAUCCAGAAAAUGGGGCCCUCGGAGAUUUGA